GAGCCGAUUUGGCAGUGGUGUUCUUGCGGCAGCGAGGAGAGAACGCGUCGUCGCUCGGCGAGUAUCGCACGCGCGCUCGUUCACGAUAAAUAUUUAGAGCCAAGAAAGCAAACCGGUUUAAAAUAAAAGUAACUAUUCGUUGAUAAAUAAAUAAAUAACCCGGACGGACAUUGAUUUUCUCUAAAAUGUACUUGGGAAAACACAGAAAAUGCGCCUGAAAGUUAUUUGAAAAACGGAAUCGCGAGUUUUUUUGUUGAUGAAAUAUUAGUGGACUUAAAAAUGAUGAUGGCCAGUGCGAAAAUUAUGAGGGAGUGCAGCUCGGAACUGAGUUCGGACGUGCGCUCGCUGUCCGUGGCGUCCUCCACGGAAGAGCAGGAGUCCACCACCACGGAGUCGGAGUACACGGAGGAGGAGAAAGAAUACGAGCUGGACGAUCUGCAAAUACUCAAAACUAUUGGCACUGGCACAUUCGGCAGAGUUUGCCUGUGCCGUGACAAGGCGGCGGACGAGUACCUGGCGAUGAAAAUCCUCUCCAUGGCAGACGUCAUCCGUUUGAAGCAAGUCGACCACGUCAUGAACGAGAAGAGCAUCCUGGCCGAAAUCAAUCACCCAUUCAUAGUUAAUUUACGAUGGUGGACACACGACGACUCAUGCAUCUACAUGCUGUUCGACUACGUGUGCGGUGGAGAGCUGUUCUCCUACCUCAGGAACGCGGGCCGGUUCAGCAACAGUAUUGGUAAUUUCUACGCGGCAGAAAUAGUAUCGGCGCUAGAGUACCUCCACGCCCGGAAUAUUGUGUACCGAGACCUGAAGCCGGAAAACCUGCUCCUAGCCAAGGACGGGCACCUGAAGAUCACGGACUUCGGCUUCGCCAAGAAGCUCACGGACAGAACCUGGACGUUAUGCGGGACGCCCGAGUACCUGGCGCCAGAAAUCAUCCAGAGCAAAGGACACAACAAGGCGGUGGACUGGUGGGCUCUAGGAGUGCUCAUCUACGAAAUGUUGGUCGGGUAUCCGCCAUUCUACGACGACAACCCUUUUGGUAUAUACGAGAAGAUCCUCAACGGCAGAGUGGAAUGGCCGCGUCACUUGGAUCCCGUUGCUAAGGACAUCAUCAAGAAACUUUUGGUUCAAGACAGGACGAAACGAUUAGGAAAUAUGAAGUGCGGAUCCGAGGACGUGAAACGGCACAGAUGGUUCAAACAUAUAGACUGGGCGGAUGUCUUCAUGAAAAAAUUACAGCCGCCGAUCAUUCCAUCCGUAUCGUAUGAGGGCGAUACGUCGAAUUUCGACGAGUACCCCGAGACCGACUGGAAGGCGGUGCGCUCGCUGGACCCUGACGAACUCAAGUUGUUCGCCAACUUCUGAUGCGGAGCGGCGCGAGCGCACCACUAGACAAGCUCCUAAAGGGCCUGAUUCUGGCAGCCAACCAAUAAAAAUAAAAUAACCACGUCCUUUUUCUCCUUACCAACAACAAUAAGAAAGACAAAACAACCAAAGAAUCGACGACAAAGAAGAAAAGUAACAGUGUGCAGCUGUAAGAACUGUAUUUUUUUUACUGUCUAGAAUCUAGAUGAAGAUUUUCGUGCCUCAAAUUUUGCUUUUAUCUGUCUUUUGUCGUUAAUUAAGGAGAGAAAAGAGUUGUUAUUGUUAAGUGGAUGAAAUGUCAAGAGAAAAGCCUUACUGUUGCCAUCAGCGCAGCUAGAAAAUAACUUAGAUUAAAUGGAAAUAGCAUAAAAUGCAAACAAUGUUAAUAACGCGUUCGUCAACUUCGUUCCACUUGCCUUUUUGACAGGCAACCUAGUCCUGUUGACGAAUACGGCUUUGUGGGCAUCGUUGUUGGCGCUUACCUAUAAAAUUGCCGUUUUCUGUGAGGUUUUACAUAUACGUACUUCUGUAUUAAAAAAAAUUAUAACUUUAGGAGUAUUUAUUUAUCGAUCCUCAUCAUGUAUGACCGAUUAGGACGAAUGAGAUAAAAGUUAUCAUUUUGAAAUAAACUUAUUACGUAUGUCUGUCAUCUACAUAAACCAAAGAAUGAAUUCUAUUAAAUUCCUACAUAAAUCACAAAUUUCAUAGGUAAGCGUCUAAAUGUAAAGCAAUCUGAAUAGUGCGAGUUCAGAGUACGUAACAAUAUCAUUGCGAAACGAAUUUUUCGAAAUGUUAAUUCGGGCAUUUACCAGAAAUGUUUAUUUAUGAAGACAGCCUACCAUUUAUUUACCCACGGCCAUACCACUCAUACUAAAAAAAAAGAUACUUAUAUUUAAAAUAUAAUGUUUAUAAAAUACGUUGCGAAAUAGGUACAAGGGUUGGAAUGUAUAUCAAGUAAUAUUUAAAAAAAUAUUUUAUUGAAAUGCUUUAUGACAGCUAAGUAGAUGUGAACUUGUAUGCAAAAAUUCACUUCAGAUUUGUGACUGCGGAAACCGAUAGUUUUGUUGAUUUAACAAACAAAUAAAUGAUGAUGAUCUUCUAAAUCUAUCAUCAUGAUAAUAAAUAGGCACAUAGAUCAAAUAAUGAUAAAACGAUGAUGUAAUAAUUUGUUAUAUUUAUAAAUGUUUCGAUGAAGUAAUCCUUUUAGUUCAUGAUGGCUAAUUACUGUGCCCUUUUUCGUUAACCCUUUAUAUGGCUCUGUCGAAUACAUUUCCACCAUUUGAAUCUUAAUUACUUUAUCAUACGGUUGAAAAGAAGUAAUUAUUUUUUUAGACAAGCGUAAAACGGCCUUCCUAAGUCUAAGUACAGAAGCUGGAAUCACAUACAAAGUAUAAUGGGUCAAAAACCUGUCAAGAUAGUAUAGUCACAUUCCAUACAAAUUGUACGAAAUUUACAACAAAGAAUCUAAGAAAGAAUCUACUGCACAUCGAUGUUUUGGCAAUUUAAAUACGAAGUAAGACCAUUUUUAUAUGGAAAUUGUAAGAAAUAAGAUUUUUAUGUACAUCAGAAGCUUCUAAAGUUACGACUAUACGUCAGUUCGAAUACAAGGAGAGUAUUUUAAUACUUUCAAAUACCAUGGUUCAUGUUUGACCUCUUAUUCUGUAAUUUAUGCCAACUCCAACGAAUAAAAUGACUCUUUAAUAAAAAAACUGUACUUUGUAAAAAUUCAGAUGCAAUGAAAGGUAAUACUUAUAUGAACUUACUUAAUUUUAUAACAAUAUGCUAUAAAACUCGAACUUAAAAACGCGCUAUAUUCCAUGCUUCUUAGUGCAAAUGUUAUACAUAAGUAAUAAAUAAACUUAAGUAUUUUAGACAAUUAAGGUUUGUCAUCCGAUUUUGUGAUUUAAUUAAUUUAUAAUACUGUUAAUGUAAUUUUAAGUCACAUAGUCAUGUAAGAGUUUGGAGGAUUUAACUUUUCUUAAUUAUUUUUAAAUAGGCAAUCAACUAUUCUUGCUUUCUUUUUAUUCCGUAAUUAUGGUCAUUUUAUUUAUUUAUUUCUACCAAUACUAUCUAUAUGUAUAACUGUUAUACAUACAAUGUAUAACGAUUGUUUGUUGUUAUGUUUAAUGAAAUUAUGUAUAUUCAAAAUUACAACAUGAAUUAAAUUUAUGAUUUUAAAUGCUUUUAGUGUGUAUGGUAAAAAAUUAAAACAAAACUGCUUAAUAUUGUCUGCCAUGCUGCGCUUCCCUCAAAGGCGGUUUUUAACAAAGGCAUCAGUUAAAUAUAAAAUGGUAGACGACUUUAUAUUAGACAUAUAAAUAAAUCAUGGAAGCUUUAAACCUUGAAGGACAGUUAGUUAUGACGUCGUCAUUUACCAAGAAUAAAGCUCUGCGUAAGCUGCGAGGCAGAUGUAGCAGCACAAAGCCAAGAAGUAAUAUCUAGCAAUAUUAGUAAUUCUGUGGUAAUACUCGUAUGAAGAAAAUACGGAUAUUUAUUCUGUUUGAACCACGCAUCAAAAACGGCAUUGCCUUCCUCAAUUAUGCCUCCACUGCGAUGCUGCAUGCAGACAUACGGUUAGCCUCAUUGUUCUGUUUAAGGUACAAGUCCAAGAUGGACUGUAGACUUCAAGCAAACUGAAAGCCACCACUGUUUCAUUGACUUUUUCACUGCGGUCAACCGCAGUCUCUUGCCGCAGUGUCGCCUGCGGUUUCAGUCUGUAGCAUCAUCUUGGACUUAUACCUUUACUCAGACCGCUAAACAGCUACUACUUAGGUUGGUUUAAGUUCUGCAUUUUCUAAUUGGUAGACUUUUAUUAUGACUGCACCUUUUUAAAUCAAUGUGUUAACAAUAAUUUGACUUGUGUGUUUGUAGGUAGUUUAAUCAGCCAUAUUUAUAAUUUCUGUGAUCUUAUUAGUCGGCAAGGAAUAAGUAUUUAAAAAUAUUAAUAGGUAUUUCAAAAUUUGUGUUAGGUCGGAAAAAAUAUUUUAUUGUCAACCUCGUACUAUUAUUUAACUAUUAUGCUGAUUGCUGUACCAAUUUAAAAUAAAUAACAGGGUUGUAAAUGUAAAAAUUAGUGAGGAGGUGUAAAUACACGAGAAUAAAUGUUUUAUUUAAAUA